CGCACUGAAGGCAAUGUGAACGUAAACAAGAGACUCACCUUCUCAAAGACAACUAGUUUCAUCAUCUGAAACACAGCAGCAGCUGUUAUCGGGGGUCCAUGGCUCUCAGAGCGGGUUUCCGGCUGAUCAGAGGCUCCUCCGUCCUCUCCAGACGAGCCGCUGCGUCUGAUCCACAUGAAUCUGCGUCACGGCUCCUCGCUGCAGGAAAUGCCGCCUGCGGCCGAGGAGGGGGGAACACAUUUAUCUUCACUCCUGCCUGUUUUAUUACAUCAGAGGCAUUUCUGAGCAGACUGGCGAAAGGCAAACCGGCAGAGUCAGACAGCGGCUUUGAUCGACUCCCAGCCUACGUUCCACCGGACAGCGCUGAACAAUUAUCUUUGUUACUGAGACAUCCAGAUCAGCCCGACAACUCAAAGGUUUUAAAAGUGGCUAUAAUUGGCGCCCCAAAUGCAGGGAAGUCCACGCUGUCCAACCAGCUCCUUGGCAAAAAGGUGUUUGCUGUGUCCAAGAAAGUACACACCACACGCUCACGUGCCCUGGCUGUCCUCACGGAGGAAGACACACAGAUAAUUUUACUGGACACACCUGGUCUCACCACUCCAUCAAAAGUCAAAAGACACCAGCUGGAGAAGUCUCUGCUCAUUGAUCCCUGGAACACAGUUAAAGAAGCAGAUCUACUGGUAGUCAUGGUGGAUGUGGCGGACAGAUGGAUGUGCGGCCAGCUUGACUUUGAGGUGCUCAAAUGCCUGGCACAGAACCCGCUCAUCCCAGCGGUCCUGGUCCUCAAUAAGGUGGACCUGUUGAAAACUAAGGACAGGCUGCUGGACAUCACUGCAGACUUGACCUGUGGAAUAGUUAACGGUCGUAAAUUGCGGGUCAAGCCGGUGAUCAAGCCCCAGUGGACUGAUAAGAGACCCCAGAAGGAAUCAGAGUUGUCGGUUGAGGAGGGCGACGCAGAGUUAGACUCUGUGCUGAGCAAAGAACAGCUGAAGAAGCUAAAGAGUCAGCGGGGUUGGGCUUACUUCAAGGAUGUCUUCAUGCUCUCAUCUGUGGACAGAGAGGACGUGGGGACGCUAAAGAGCUACUUCAUGUGUGCAGCCAAGCCAGGACCAUGGCAGUACCACAGUGAUGUCCUGACCGACCAGAGUCCAGAAGUAGUCUGCACCAACAUGAUUAGAGAGAAGCUGCUGGAGUAUCUGCCCCAGGAAGUGCCCUAUUCAUUGACACAGACUAUUGAACUCUGGCAAACUGCAGAAAAUGGCGAUCUCGAUAUUUCUGUGAAACUUUACGCCAAGAAAGACACUCACAUGAAGAUGGUGAUCGGCACAGCUGGCCAGAUGGUAGCACGGAUCGCUCGUGAGGCCGGCGAGGACCUGAGUCAAGUCUUCCUGAGGGAAGUGAGGGUGAAGCUCUCCGUCAAGCUGAGGAAAUGAGGAAAGAUGAAGAGCUGGAAUCAGACCCUGCCAGAUUUGAAGAUGACUCCGCUUGUGUUUAUCUCUCUGAAGGACAGACCCGAAGCGGAGAGUGACAAAUGAGAUGUCAUCAUGAGUCAGACGUAUAUCCCAGAGACCCAGAGAUCUGUGGAGAAAUGAACUCUAAACUUGAUAUCAUCUGUUUUCAUGCAUCAGCAGCAUCCUUUUAUGUAGUCUCAUGAGACAUUAUUAAAGAUGUUUAUGUAAAGAUGUAACUUAUAAGAUGCUGCUAUUGUACUGGAGCAAAUUCAUGCAGAAAUGAUCUAAAUAUCCAAGAAAAUAUGUCGAUUAAAAGCAGCUUUCA